UGACAAAGACUAUGAAAAAAUUGUGGUUUUCUCCUUGAAGACUCAAAAUGAUACAAUGCGUCGCCCAUGACACAGCAACGUUUCCAAACUCAGCUGUGAAUGCUCCUGUCUCACGGGCUUCCGACGAUUCCUUCCCUUCAUCUUUCCGUCUUCCAGCAUCAUGUCAAUAAGCCCAUUAAGAUCCGAGGUGAUUGCGUUAUAUAAACAACUUGUCUACCUUGGCAGAGAAUACCCGCUAGGCUAUCAUAAUUUCUUCCGACCGAAACUGAAAGCGGCUUUCAUGAAAAAUCGCAACCUUACAGAAGAAGCCGACAUAAAAAAAGCUCUGGCAUUUGGCGAAUAUAUCGUUAAAGAAUUAGAAAUGAUGUACUACCUCAGGAAAUACCGUGCACUGAGAAAGAGAUAUGUAGCAGGAUAAAACCAUGUGCAGAAAAGCCAUAAAAAUGCAAGUGGCAGGCCAGCACAGAAUAAACGACCUAAUUAUGAUGCUUGUUACACACAUCAAGUUUUUCUGGUUUCAUACGAUUUCAUUUCAGGCAUAU